AAUGUGGGACUGUGUCUAUGGUUGCAUAGUAGGAAAACAAUUUUUGCCGCCAUUAUUUUACGUGCUUUGAAUGUGUACUAUUUUUUACAAAUAAUUCUUGCUUUUAACGAUGGAAGCUAAUGGUGUAGACGGUGAAGACGAUUUUUCCGAUGAAGAAGGUGCUUUAAAGUGUGGAGAUAUAUGUGUUCCACCUUUACCACCAAACUCUGCUUGUAUCCCUGGCCAGAAGAGUGGUCCUAGACUUAUGAUUACUCACAUUGAAAAUGAAUUCUUUAAGAGCUAUGCUGAAAAAACUGUUUUGGGACCAUUCCAUAAGAAUUUCUCCUCCAUCAUUGGCCCAAACGGUAGCGGCAAGAGCAAUGUCAUCGACUCGAUGCUGUUUGUGUUCGGGUACAGGGCGACCAAGAUUCGCUCCAAGAAGAUAAGCGUUCUGAUCCACAACUCGGACAAGCACAGCAACGUCAACAGCUGUACUGUGUCUGUCCACUUCCAACAGAUUUCGGACAAGGACGACGUGGAGGGGGGGUUCGACGUGGUGCCCGGCUCGCAGUUCGUCAUCUCGAGGACGGCGUUCAGGGACAACUCGUCGUUCUACACCGUCAACAACAAGCGCGUGCAGUUCAAGGCCGUGGCGAGGUUGCUGCGCACCCACGGGAUAGACCUCAUUCACAACCGCUUCCUCAUUCUGCAGGGGGAGGUGGAGCAGAUUGCGCUGAUGAAGCCCAAGGCACAGAACGAGCACGAGACGGGGAUGCUGGAGUUCCUGGAGGACAUCAUCGGCACCACCAGGUUCAAGGAGCCGCUGCGGAAGCUGCAAGAGAAGAUAGAUGAGUUGACGCAGUUGCGGGGGGAGAAGCUGAACAGAGCCAAGAUCAUAGACAAGGAGAAGGAGGAGCUGGAAGGACCCAAGAACGAAGCCGUGCAGUAUUUGAAGUUAAAGAACCAGGUCACCGAAGCUCAGAAUGUCUUCCUGCAGAAGAGCAUGUAUAACACUCAAGUUGAGAUGGCAAAGAAGGUGGAGAAAAAAAAAUCUCUGGAUGAAGAAGUUUCAGACAUAAAUUCUAAGUUGAAAGAUGUGGCAGCAGGAAUAAGUAAGAAGAAUAGUGAGAAAAAUGAACUGUUGAGUAAACUGGACUUGUGCAGUAAGGAAGAAGAAAAGAAAUCAGAAGAAUUCAAGCGUAAUUCAAACAAUGAUUUGCGAUUACAGGAGACAAUCAUACAGACCAGCAAGACAAGAAAAAAGAUAAAAGAUAGUUUAGCUGAAGAAACAAGAAAGCUGGCGGAGCUGGAGCGCGUGCCCGACAAGAACCGGCGGGACAUCGAGGAGAUGGCGGUGCACCUGGAGAAGGGCCGGACGGAGCUGAGGAAGGAGGAGCAGGCGCUGGACAAGGUGCGCUCGGGACUGCAGGAGGAGACCAGCGAGCUGCAGGACAAGCGGGACGCCGCCAACACGCGGCUGCUGCCCCUCAAGACGGCCGCCAACGACGCCAAGGCCCUCUACGACAUUGCGAACUCCGAGCUGGAGCUGUACGUGAAGAAAGAGAAGAGCGAGAGCGCCAAACUGGACCAGCUGAGGACCAACCUGGAGAAAGUGUCCUCGCUGUUGGCUCAGCGCAAGACGGAGCUGUCGGAGCUGCAGGCCCGGGUGCCGACGGCGAGCGACGAGCUCCGCGAGUGGGAGAAGCAGCUGGCGUCCGCCGCGGAGGACGAGCGCAAGGUCUCCGCGGAGGUGCUGCGGGGCCGGCAGUCCGUCGCAGAGACCAGGAACUGCCUGGAAGAGAACAAGUCCCGUGGCGUCGUCAUCGACUCCCUCAUGGCCGAGAAGCGGGAGGGCCGACUGCCGGGCAUAUUCGGCCGCCUGGGGGACCUGGGGGCAAUCGACAAGAAGUACGACGUGGCGGUGUCGACCGCGUGCGGGGCCCUGGACAACAUCGUGGUGGACACCGUGUCGACCGCGGAGGCCUGCAUCCGCUUCCUGAAGCAGCGCGACCUGGGGCGAGCCACCUUCAUCGCCCUGGACAGGCAGGAGCGCUGGCGGGCGCACUGCGGCGGCCGCAUGAGCACGCCGGAGGGCGUGCCCCGCCUCUUCGACCUGAUCCAGAUCCCGGACGACCGUGUGCGCACGGCCUUCUACUUCGCGCUGCGCGACACGCUCGUGGCGGAGGACCUGAACCAGGCCACGCGCAUCGCGUACGGCGCGACCCGGCACCGUGUCGUCACUCUCAACGGCCAGCUGAUAGAGAUAUCAGGCACGAUGACGGGCGGCGGCACGCAGGUGCUGCGCGGGCGCAUGGGCCAGCGCGUGGCGGCGGCGGCCAGCCCCGCCUCGGGCAAGGAGCUGGCCCGCCUGGAGCGCGGCCUGGGGGACGCGGAGGCCCGCCUGGCCGAGCUGCGGCAGCGACGGGAGUCCCUGGGCGAGCGGGUGGCCAAGGCCAAGCCCGCGCUCCAGGCCAUGAGGAGGAACCUCGACAAGUUCAACCUGGACAUCAAGUCCCUCUCGGAGCAAGAGGUUGCCCUGACUGAACAAGUGAAAAGUCAGGAGAAGAAGUUGAAGACAGUUGUUCCGGACCCAAACCAAGUCAAGAAGCUUACUGAAAAAGUUGAACAACACAAGAAAGAUUACGAGAAGGCUGCCGAAGUGUCGAAGACCCUGGAGGUAGAGAUAGAGAAGCUGAACAACCAGAUCAAGAACAUCACGGAGUCUCGGAUGAAGCCCGCCAUGAAGAAAGUGGACGACUUGAAGAAGAGGAUUGCCAAGCUCACGCAAGAGUCGACGAAGCUGAAAGUGGGCAUCACCACUGCUGAGAGGAACCUGAAGAAGACCCAGGAGAAGAUGGGCAACAUGGAGCAGGAGAUCCAGGAGCUGGCGGACAAGCUCACAAAGAUGCAGGCCCAGAAAGUGGAGUUCGAGAACACCGCGAAGGAGCUCGUGAAGAGCAUGUCUGUUUUGACGGAUGAGAUACAGUCUGUGAAGUCGGCUGUGGACGAGAUAUCCGUGGAGAUAGCAGACCUGAGAAAGGAGGAGAACGAAAUAAAGUCGUCCAGGUUGGACUACGACCAGAAAGUCGAGGAACUUGACAAAGCGAUUAAGGAGUACAGAGGAUACACACACAAACUUAAGAAGCAGCUGGAUAGCUUGACUCUGGAAGAGAUUCCCGGUGAGCCGGGAGGGGAGCUCCGGACGCUGACUGAAGACGAACUGAAGGACCUCGACUUCAAGAGGUGUCAGUACAACGUGACCCUUCAGGAGGGCCAGCUGCCCGCCAAGCAACCCAACCUGGGUGUCAUCGAAGAGUACAACAACAAGGUGCAGCAGUUCCUGCAGCGCAGCAAGGAGCUGGAGAAGGUGACGAGCGAGCGCGACGCCCUGCGCGACGUGCACGUGAGCUGGAGCGGCGCGCGCUACGGGGAGUUCAUGGCCGGCUUCCAGGUCAUCACGGGGAAGCUGAAGGAGAUGUACCAGAUGAUCACGCUGGGCGGGGACGCCGAGCUGGAGCUGGUCGACUGCAUCAACCCCUUCGAGGGGAUCACCUUCAGCGUCCGGCCCCCCAAGAAGUCGUGGAAGAACAUCACGAACCUGUCGGGCGGGGAGAAGACGCUGUCCUCGCUGGCCCUGGUGUUUGCGCUGCACUACUACAAGCCCACCCCGCUCUACGUCAUGGACGAGAUAGACGCGGCCCUCGACUUCAAGAACGUGUCCAUCGUCGGCAACUACAUAAAGACGAGGACAAAAGAUGCUCAGUUCAUCGUGAUCUCCUUACGCUCGAACAUGUUUGAGCUGGCGGAUCGGCUUGUGGGCAUAUACAAGGUGUUCAACUGCACCAACUCUGUGACGAUCAACCCCAAGCUGUACGGCGUGGAGACUGCCGUUGCACCCAAGAACCCAGCCCCUGCAGCCCCUUCCCAGAGGACCAGGGAGGAGGAGUCCCACCCCCCGAGGAAGGUCCCCAGAGUCCUGGAGAACACCAUGUCGUCCACGGGCGGCCCCCAGCAGGCGUCGUCCUUCGUCCCGGAGUCUCCGCCCUCGUCUCCGGCCGGCAGCCAGGGCACGCCGCCCCGGGACCCCAGCCCGGCGGCCGGCCCUCGACGGAGCGGCUCCAGCUCCAGCUCUCGGCAGAGCGCCGGGCCCAGAGCCGUCAGGACGAGCGCUCGGCUCAGGACGAGCACCAGGUCUCGCUGCUCCGACGGCGGGGAUGCCGAGAUGAACUCUCUCCCUAGCUCGGGAGACUCGUAGUCUCCCGCCGGGUGUGCAGUGACCGGGACUUUUUCACAUUGCAUUUAUGCCCUUUUUAGAAUCUUCGUGUAUAGGUAUACAAGUUGUAAUAUAGAACCGAGCAUCCAUCUUUGAUAAGGGUUGGUUGCUUCUCAUGGCUAUGGUUGAUUAAUUACUAUGUUUUAUCGCAUUAUCGUUGCACUGCUAUUUCAUGCGUCAAAUUUGGAGGGGGGGAAAUUCCAGCAUGAAAGACGCAUGGUUUUUUGGUCCCACUGUUAGAUUACAACCGCUUUGCUUAGGUAGGAAACAUGUCCUUAAUAAAGGUCACCGUGCAACAACAAUCAGUUUUCAAGUUGCUGUUGGGCAGUGUGUAGUUAUAAUGGGAAAAUACAGUAAUUACAUUAACAGUAAAACGUGUUUAAGAUGUAACCGCACAACACAAUUUCCAGUACAAUAUGUUCCAAUGUUUUGAUUUCGCUAUGUUCUGCCUAAGAUGUACUUUUUUUUUCCCCCCCAUGCGAGAUGUUGCACAUAACUUCUUUUCCCGUAUAAAUAAUGUAUUUUUAAGUUGAAAUCCAUAAUUCUUUAAUAUAUUAUCAAUUAUUUAUUAACAGAAAUACAAAGUGGUCCUAUGUGUAACUUUUCUUUUAAUGAUUUUUCAAACCUUUAUCUGUUCGUCGCCACUGUGAAAGCACCUAUAAAUAUGUAGCCAGCGCUGGUAGGCAUCAUUAAUGUUUGGUUGCAUUGAUGCCCAUGUAGAGUGUGCACACGUAAUCAAAUAUCAGUAUUGAUAGCUCCCUGAUUGCGUGCAAAACACGUGCUCUGUCUCGUGCAGAAUAAACUACAUUCAAUAGUCUGCAUUUGUUCAUGGUUAGUGUGUACUACAAUUAUAGUUUCAGCUCACGUUCAGUUCAUGGUUUUCGUUAUUCUGUUUUUAGUUGAGAGAGUUGUUUUUGUUGCGUGGCUCAUUAAUUUAAAUUAUUUAGCACAACUUUGUAUUAAACGUACUUUCCAUGCAACAUGUUAUGUUUUUAUGAAAAAAUCCUAAAUCAUAAAAAAAUGCUUUUCUCACUUAAAUGUCACACCCCUAAUUUUCAAACUUGGGGUUAGCAUAAAAUAUGCGACAAUUGUGAUAAAACACAGUAUAUUAUUAUUUGUGAAAUUAUUGUUUCUUCUUGAUGCAGGAAAGUCUGCAAGUCUAUCUGUUUGUUUUUAAUAUAGCUAGCUAGUGUGUUACAAAUUCAUUGUGCUUCUGAUUUCUUUCCUUGCAUUCUUUGUCAAAGACUUCCCUCAACAGCAGGCUAUUGUGUUCAUAGUUUGUACGCCAGCCAAAGUGUGUUGUGCAAACAUAACUGGAAUUACAGGCCUUAAUGUAGGAUUAAUUUUUAAGAUGUAAUUUUAUUAGAGUGUAUCUAUUCUUGUAAAAAAUAUGUUUUAAACGUAAAUAAAUACUAAUUCCAUA